CUACCUUUGUCUUCUCUUCGCUCCUUAUUACUAUUCCUUUUCCCUCUGCUUUUCACUCUCUGUGUCUCCCAUGUACGUACUCUUCCGCCCCAAAAGCUGCCCAUCACGCCUUACGUCCUAGACCUUCUCUACUUUUCACUUCGCAUUACCUCUACGUGCUCGUUUGCGUUUCUUCCCAUAUCGCAUCCCUCUCGUUCGACAGAAGCAAGCAAGAUGCUUCCUUUCAGGAGUUUCUAUGGGUUUGAGAGCUGGUUAGAUCAGAGUGCGUAUUCUCAGGAACCCAGCUCAUCCAUCAAGUCCGUGGAAUUGGAUAACGGGAAACCAAUUCUGAGCGCCACAUCAAAGUCUGAGAGGAAGUCGAUGGAAGCAUGCAAGAGCCAUAGAGAAGCUGAGAGGAGACGAAGGCAGCGAAUCAACGCCCACCUCUCCACUCUACGUUCCCUCCUCCCUAACGCCGUAAAGUCGGACAAGGCGUCGUUGCUGGCAGAGGUGGUCCGACACGUCAAAGAGCUGAGGAAACAGGCUGAUGACGUGACGCGCCAUCACGACGGAGACUCGUCGGGCAGCACCAUCAGCGGAGAAUCUCGGUCGGAUCCCGGAGACUCGGAGCAGUGGGCGUUCCCGGGAGAGUCGGACGAGGCAACUGUGAGUUACUGCGACGGAGGCGGAGAGAGGAAACUCGUAAAAGCCACGCUCUGCUGCGAGGACCGGCCCAAUCUGAACCGUGAUUUAGAGGAGGCCAUCCGUUCCGUUCGGGCCAAGGCGGUGCGAGCCGAGAUGAUGACCAUUGGUGGGCGAACCAAGAGUGUGGUGGUUGUCCAAUGGACUGCUGGAGAAGAGGAGGUUGGGGCACUGGAACGGGCUUUGACAGCUGUAGUAGAAUCGGGCCCUCGUGGGGUCUAG